AUGAGCGGAGUUGGAAAUGUCUACUAUGUUGAGGAUUCUGCCCAUCCCCUACCACAUCCCCGAUUAGGAGCACUUAAGGCCGAGGCCGGCACCCGAAGUUCACUCGGUAUCCAUGAACAACAUGAAUCCAACCACAACGUCCGAGGCCAUGGUGUCGCAUCUCGCCUGUGCGCUUCUAUUUUUGACUUUUGGUCAUUGAUUCUUCGUCAGGAAUCUUGGCCUUUGACAUCUCCUGAUUCUCGCGAUGCCUUGGCGCCGUUAAGUUCGCCAUCGUCAUGCGGGGACUGGGAUGAACAAGGCUUAGACCCAGACAGCAUCGCCACAGAUGAAACUGAAGCGAUCCAUGAUUAUGAAUCAAGCUCUCCGUUUGAUGCCGAAAUGACCAUCUGUUCGCCAGAGCCGAUGCCAAAUCAGGAAGAUAUGGAAGUCACUUGCCACCCGAAAAACAGCUGGGAUAUGGAACGGUUUGUGCUUAACGAAGAACGGCAACGGCUGUGUUUAUGGAAGUUUCGCUUCUCUGACGAAGACUUGAAUCGCCUUACGAGCGACGAUUCCAGUCUUUUGGGGAGCGCGGUAUUGGAGUCUCUUGUGAACAUUGCCCACGCACUUGUUGGCGAGGCUGACCUACAUCAGAACGGUCCAGACGGCAGCUCAGAUGAGUUACAGAAGAUGAUUCGCAUUCACGCUGCGAAAUUGAAAACACUUGUCCAGGAAGGGAAGGGACUGGUAAGGAAUGCGUACCAGGAAGACGAUGCCGAGACGAUUAACACUGGAAGGACUGAGAACACUGUGCCGGAUGACAUACAUUACAGCCUUCGUGAAAAAGUAAAGUGCGAUAUUAACCGACUUCAGAGGCUCCGCUUACCGAUUGACCAAGCUCUGGACAUCAUGACAGGCUAG